CUUCUUUUCUUUUCUUAAUUCACUUCAUUGCCUAUUCUUAUUAUUCAAACUAUACCCAUUUUUUUUUCUUUAUAUUUUUUUUUAUACGCUUUAUUUUUCCUCUUCCUUUGAUCACUUUUUAUUUUAUUUUAUUUUUUUUUAUCAUUGAACGCGAUCUGAAUCAUGGCCCUUUUUAUGGAAUAUGACGAAAGUUAUGUAGCAGGUAGCAAAGCUUCAAGUAUCUCAAGUACUGAUAGUGGCGAUCAUCCUCCUUCCCUUUACACUGGUCAAGCUGAUUCUUGUUCAAGUUUAUGUGAUCCUGAUGAGUUAUCUGAACCACUUGUAUUUGACGAUCCUAGUCCUUAUGAACCCAUGAAAUCUAGACAACGAACCUCUAUUUCAAUUCCUUUUGAAGAAGAUCUGAUUCCAUCAUCAUCAUUUUACAACACUUUCUCUUCUUCUUCUUUGAUCAUUCCCGUGACCAACAAAGAUAAACAAGAGGAAAAUGAACAAGAAAAACAACAAUCAUCAUCCAUUUCUCCUUCAAGCCAUCAUGUACUUAGCCAAGAUGAAAAACGUGCCAAUCAUAUUGCCUCUGAACAAAAACGACGUCAGAAUAUUCGUCAUGGAUUCCAACAACUGACUGAUUUAAUACCUAGUUUAAAAAACAUGCCACACAGCAAAAGUACCAUCUUAUUCAAGACUGCAGAUUAUAUCAGAUAUUCUGAGAAACGCAAUAAGGUAUUACAGGAUAGAUUGAAACAGUUACAACGUCGGGUGGCACUUUCUACAACUGCUUUAUCAUCAGCUACACCCUAUUAUCGUCGUUCAUCAGCAUUAUCGUCAGUAUCAUCAACAUUAUCACCUUCAUUACUAUCAUCAUCAUCAUCAUCAACAACAGCAUUAUCAGCAUCAUCAACAUCUUUAGCAUUAAAAUCAUCAACAAGUCGACGUGCAUCUAGUAGUUAUACAUCUACUCAAUUACAAAUUCGACGAUUACAACAACAACUUUUACAACAACAAGAACUAUUACUACAACACAACAUUCCUCACCAUUCAUUAUUAUCUCCUUCAUCUCAACAACAAUCAUAUGAAUGCCCUGCCGCCAUUGUCAUGCCAGCCUCUGGAGAAGAUGAAGAAGAGAAUAAGGACACUACUCAUAUGCAUGAUAUUCCUAUCAAGUCAACACCUUGUCUUCAUAUUCCAGCCGAUGAUGAAUUUGGUCAAGAAUCUAUGCUUCGGGAAAGGUUACUCAGCUGUGGUAAAUUGAAAUUUAAAUCGCCCAUAAUUUAGUUUAGUGUUUUUUUUUUUUAUAGUUUAGAGUUAUUCCUUUUUUUUUUUUUUUUU